AUGACAAUUACGCCGGCCGUUCGCAUUUCCGAUCGGAAAUUGAUCGUGAAGGACCGGACGAUCCUAACAAAUGUGCCAGAAAAUGUGAUCACCACUUCCGGCACGACAACCGGUCCAGUGGAAGGUGUGUUCGUCGGUGCGAUGUUUGAUGGAGAUAACAGCAAACAUGUGGUGUCCCUCGGUACGUUACGUGACGUACGGUUCAUGGCAUGUUUCAGGUUCAAGCUAUGGUGGAUGGCUCAGAGAAUGGGAGAUCAAGGACGUGACAUACCACUAGAGACACAGUUCUUACUCGUUGAAACCCAAGAUGGGUCUCACCUAGAAUACGAUAAUGGAGAUGAAGAGAAUCAGAUUGUUUAUACUGUGUUUCUUCCUCUAAUUGAAAGCCCAUUUCGAGCAUGUCUUCAGGGAAAUUCACAAGACGAGCUCGAGCUUUGUCUUGAGAGUGGUGAUUCGGAGACAAUGGCGUCGGCGUUUACUCAUUCGGUGUAUGUUCAUGCUGGGACAGACCCGUUUGGGACCAUCACAGACGCCAUUAGAGCUGUGAAGUUUCAUCUCAAGACUUUCAGGCAACGCCCUGAAAAGAAGUUGCCCGGAAUUGUAGACUAUUUUGGGUGGUGCACAUGGGAUGCUUUUCAUCAGGAAGUGACUCAGGAGAGUGUUGAGGCCAGUCUCCAGAGUCUCGCCGCCGGUGGGACACCGCCUAAGUUCGUGAUCAUUGAUGAUGGGUGGCAGUCUGUCGGCGGUGACCCAACUCAGCAACCACCACAACAGCCACCGUUAAUGAGAUUGACAGGGAUUAAAGAAAAUUCCAAGUUUCAGAACAAGGAGGACCCAACAAUGGGGAUCAAGAACAUAGUCAACAUUGCCAAAGAAAAGCAUGGGUUGAAGUAUGUGUAUGUGUGGCACGCUAUUACUGGCUACUGGGGUGGGUUCAGGCCAGGGGUGAAGGACAUGGAGGAAUAUGGGUCGUUGAUGAAGUAUCCAGCGGUGUCAAAGGGGGUGCUAGAGAAUGAGCCAACGUGGAAGAAUGAUGCAAUUGCAGUGCAGGGUUUGGGGCUGGUGAACCCGAAGAAUGUGUACAAGUUUUACAGUGAGUUGCAUAGUUACUUGGCCUCUGCUGGUAUAGAUGGGGUUAAGGUGGAUGUGCAGUGUGUGUUGGAGACUCUUGGGGGUGGUCUGGGUGGUAGGGUUGAGCUGACCAGACUGUGUCAUCAAGCUCUUGAUGCUUCAGUUUCUAGGAAUUUUCCAGAUAAUGGGUGCAUUGCUUGCAUGAGCCACAAUACUGAUGCACUUUACUGCUCCAAACAAACGGCUAUCGUUAGAGCAUCAGAUGAUUUCUAUCUGCGUGAUCCCGUGUCACACACCAUCCACAUAGCCGCGGUUGCAUACAAUAGUGUCUUCCUUGGAGAAUUUAUGCAGCCUGAUUGGGAUAUGUUCCACUCCCUCCAUCCAGCGGCUGAGUACCAUGGAUCAGCUAGGGCGAUCAGCGGUGGUCCCCUUUACGUAAGUGAUGCACCUGGGAAGCACAAUUUUGAUCUCCUAAAGAAACUUGUUCUGCCAGACGGUUCAAUUCUCCAAGCACGCUUGCCUGGUCGGCCUACCAAGGAUUGCCUAUUCUUCGACCCUGCUCGUGAUGGUGUUAGCCUGUUGAAGAUUUGGAACAUGAACAAGUACACUGGAGUGUACAACUGCCAAGGUGCAGCAUGGAACAGCGUUGAGAGAAAGAACACAUUCCACCAAACUAAAUCUGAAGCUAUAUCAGGCUAUGUUAGAGGCCGAGAUGUCCAUCUCAUUGCUGAAGUUGCCAUGGACUCCAACUGGAAUGGUGACUGUGCUGUCUACUGUCACCGGAGUGGUGAGGUGGUUACUCGACCUUACAAUGCUUCCAUGCCCGUGUCCCUCAAGGUCCUUGAGCACGACAUUUUCACCGUUACCCCAGUCAAGGUCUUGACACCUGGGUUCAGCUUUGCGCCAUUGGGGCUCAUUGACAUGUUCAAUGCUGGUGGAGCCAUUGAGGCACUUAGAUAUGAAGCUCAUGGUGGUGCCCUGUUGUCAGAACUAAAAAAUGGAUAUGAAGGGGAAGGCAGUGGUGUUGCAAGCAAGAGGGUUGAGAACUUGAGAACAGAAGUAGUGGCAAUAGUUUCAAUGGAGGUUAAAGGGUGUGGCCGUUUUGGUGCUUACUCAUCGGCUAAGCCAAGGAAGUGCAUGGUGGGAUCAGGGUGGCAGACUUUGCAUAUGAUUCAGAGUCCGGAUUGGUGA